CAUUAACUGAACCUCGAGACACCCCCAGAUCAACGUCAAUUCCCUUCGACCCCUUGCCGCAGCUGGGAAUCUCUCUGGGGCUUGUUCUCAAUAUCGUGCUGGAGAUUUUCAUCCGGAACCGCGUCCAAUUGCAUCGAUCCUGAGAACCUUGGAAUUUAUCCAGUAGGGGCAGAAGCCGCGUCAAGGCAUCGGCUCGCCGAGAUUCACGUUUGGAGACCGAUCCUAUCACCAUAGAUUGCACCUUUCUACCGACAAUAUGAGCUUCAGCAAAAAGGAUGAGGACGUUGACUCCUCGAUCCUCAAGGUCGACAGAGUCUCUGUCUUCCAAGAAGCACGCCUCUUUAACACCUCGCCCAUUUCACCACGACGAUGUCGCAUUCUCUUAACAAAGAUUGCUCUUCUUCUUUUUACGGGCGAAAAGUUUCCCACGAAUGAAGCUACCUCUCUCUUUUUCGGCAUUUCGAAACUCUUCCAGAAUAAAGAUGCCAGCUUGCGUCAGAUGGUCUACCUCAUCAUCAAGGAGCUCGCAAACACCGCCGAAGACGUUAUCAUGGUCACGAGCAGUAUCAUGAAGGAUACAGCUGUUGGAAGCGAUGUAGUAUACCGUGCAAACGCCAUCCGGUCAUUAUGCCGAGUAAUAGACGCUACGACUGUCCAAGCAAUCGAGCGUCUGAUCAAGACCGCCAUUGUCGACAAGACCCCUUCUGUCUCUUCGGCCGCUCUCGUCUCGUCAUAUCACCUCCUUCCCAUUGCCCGUGACGUUGUUCGACGGUGGCAGAGCGAGACCCAAGAGGCAGCCUCAUCGUCCAAGUCGUCCGGCGGUCUCUCCUUUGGCUUUGGAAGCUCCAGUAGCUCUUUGGCUCCCGUUGGCUCGAGCUAUAUGACUCAGUACCACGCAAUUGGUCUCUUGUACCAGAUGCGAUCUCACGACCGAAUGGCGCUGGUAAAGAUGGUGCAGCAGCUUGGCGCUCCCGGUGUUGUCAAGAGCCCUGUAGCUACCAUUAUGCUUGUCAGAUUGGCGGCGAAGCUGGCUGCGGAGGACCCGAGCCUGCGUAACCCGAUGGUGCAACUUCUGGACGGCUGGUUGCGCCACAAGAGCGACAUGGUCAACUUUGAAGCCGCCAAAGCUAUUUGCGAGAUGACGGACGCCUCUGACGCAGAGGUCCAGCAUGCGGUCCAGGUUAUGCAAAUCAACCUCUCUUCGCCUCGCGCCAUUACCAAAUUUGCAGCUAUUCGUAUUCUGCACGCUUUUGCCUCGACGCGUCCGGAUGCUGUCCGAAUCUGCAACCAGGACUUUGAGACGCUCAUCUCCAACAGCAACCGGUCCAUUGCCACCUUUGCCAUCACUGCUCUCCUUAAGACUGGUAGUGAGUCUAGCGUGGAUCGACUGAUGAAGCAAAUCUCUAGCUUCAUGGCCGAGAUUAGCGACGAGUUCAAGGUCACCAUUAUUGAAGCGAUCCGCACCUUGUGCUUGAAGUUCCCCAGCAAGCAGUCUGGUAUGCUAGCCUUUUUGAGCGGCGUGCUUCGGGACGAGGGAGGCUACGAGUUCAAACGCAGUGUCGUGGAGAGCAUGUUUGACUUGAUCAAGUUCGUCCCGGAAAGCAGAGAAGAUGCUUUGGCACAUCUUUGCGAAUUUAUCGAGGACUGCGAGUUCACCAAGCUCGCUGUCCGUAUCCUUCACCUCCUGGGUCUGGAGGGCCCCAAGACCAGCCAUCCGACCAAGUAUAUCCGCUACAUCUACAACCGCGUUGUUCUCGAGAAUGCGGUCGUUCGGGCCGCUGCUGUGACGGCUUUGGCCAAGUUUGGUGUCGGUCAGAAAGACCCUGAAGUCAAACGAAGCGUGCGUGUCUUGCUCUCAAGAUGUCUUGAUGACACCGACGAUGAAGUCCGCGACCGCGCUGCGCUGAACCUCCGACUGAUGGAUGAGGAUGAUGAGACGGCCAACCGUUUUAUCAAGAACGACUCAAUGUUUUCCUUGCCUGUCUUUGAGCAUCAGCUCGUCAUGUACGUCACUGCAGACGACAAGGCUACUUUUGGCAAGCCAUUCGACGUCGAAAACAUCCCUGUGGUCACUCGCGAACAGGCCGAUGCCGAAGACCGCACCAAGAAGCUCACUCAUGCUACGCCGACGCUUCGGGCUCCCUCUACCGGACCUACCAAGGGAGCGGCAAAGGGUGGCGUGGACGUGGCUGCCUCAGUUUCUGCAGCUGCGCAAAAGUAUGCCGAGCAGCUCACGCGCAUUCCAGAAAUCAGGCCUUUCGGCGCUCUCCUCAAGUCUUCCUCUGUUAUCGAAUUGACCGAAUCGGAGACAGAAUACGUUGUCAGCGCUGUCAAGCAUAUUUUCAAAGAGUACAUUGUGUUGCAGUUUGACAUCAAGAACACUCUGCCUGACACCGUUCUCGAGAAUGUCUCUAUGGUGGCUAGUCCCUCUGACGAGGAAGAAGCGGGUCUAGAAGAGGAAUUCAUCAUUCCUGUUCCCAAGCUCGCCACCGACGAGCCUGGCACCGUCUACGUCGCCUUCAAGCGUGUCGAUGGUGGCGCCUCUCUGCCCACAACCAGCUUCACCAACAUUCUCAAGUUCACCAGCAAGGAGAUUGAUCCAACGACCGGCGAGCCGGAAGAGGAAGGCUACGACGACGAAUACCAGGUCGAGGACCUCGAACUUCUCGGCAGCGACUACGUUCUUCCCGCCUUUGCCGGCAGCUUCGACCACGUGUGGGAGCAAACCGGCGCUCAAGGCGAGGAGGCCGAGGAAACUCUUCAGCUUAGCAACGUCAAGAGCAUUUCAGACGCUACUGAGCAAAUUACCGCUGCGCUCGCUCUGCAGCCCCUCGAAGGAACCGACAUUGCCAUCAACACUUCAACGCAUACCUUGAAGCUCUUUGGCAAGUCAGUUCUCGGCGGCAAAAUCGCAGCGCUGGUCAAGAUGGCCUACUCUGCCAAGACGGGCGUCACGACAAAGAUUUCGGUUCGCGCCGAGGAAGAAGGCGUCGCAGCCCUGCUCAUCAAUGCUGUUGCUUAGAACACCAUCUCUUUCUUCCCUCUUCAGCUUGUGUUCU